GAUUCAUAUAUACGGGACCAGAAAAGAUCGAGCACAAAUUAUCUACCCUAGGUCUCCAGCCUCUUCAUAAAUAACUACAGAAAUGAGAAAGAAAGAGGCGAUAUACACGAAUACAAAAUGUCUCACUCCUCCUAAGCAGCAGUUGAAUCAAAGACCUGAAAAUGCAGAAAUCAAAGAUUCCCCUGCUCCAGCUCCUCCCUGGAAGAUCGUUGCAGUGAUUCUGGGGAUCUUCUGCCUGAUAUUGUUAGGAGUCUCAGUGGCCUUGGCUAUCAAGCAUCAUUCCUGUCCGGGAUGCCCUGACCAGUGGGUACGAUAUAGAGACAGCUGUUACUACUUCUCCAACAUGAAGAAAGAUUGGAAUUCUAGCCGGAAUUUCUGCUCUGCCCAAGACUCAGGGCUCUUGGUAAUCAGUGACACCAAGGAAAAGAACCUGUUCCUGGGGAUCCAUACAGAAGAACACUGGAUUGGAUUGACAAAUCUCAGUGGCUCUGGCUGGGCCUGGGAAGAUGGCUCAACACUCAGCGAUAUAAAGGUCACCUCUAACAGCCCCGUGCAGCACUGUGGCGUCCUACUGAAGGGUGUCUUCUGGGCCUCCAGCUGUGCAGUUCCUUUCCCAUGCAUAUGUGAGAAAUCCUCCAAGUAA